CAGGUAAACUCGACGAAGCCCUCGAAGCACACAAAUACAUGAUGGACGCCAUCGACGACAUCGCGAAGGCCAGCUGUCUCGAUUGGUCCAAUGGAGAAAUGCAGCCCGCUCGCUACGCACAACGACCGUAUUCUUGUUGUAGAGAUCCCCGGCCAAGAUCACGAUGGCUAUGAUGCAGAACCCAAUUUCUUCUAUGAAAUGCAUCAAUAUUCUCAGAUCUCCCGGCCAAGACUUCAACAGCGAGCUGGGCGCCUCAAAAGACUGAAGUUCGCUAUGACGAAGAGGCUUCAGUCAGUUCCUGCGCCUGCUCCUGCACCACCCGCCACCUCACCACCAGUCGCUACCACCACCUUCAAAACUCACAUACGACGCCUAUUUACCCUACCACUCCAUCAUGCAACCCCACCUGUUGUCGACGUUCCUUAUGCCCAAGGUCGACAGCGUAAUGCCGCAGCGGGUGCUCCUGGGAGUGAACACUCCUUGAUACGUGAUGAAGACCCUCUUCCACAGGAUCCCAAUACGCAACCACAUCAACCAGUAGCAGGUCAGGUAGACACCGGCCAACAUGGAGGCGGCCUGUCCUGUUGCUGCUGCUAGAAGCAUUGGCGAACGUCCAUGGGUAUUUCAGUUUUAUCGUUCAUCUUGUCAUGAUAUCCAUCACCAUCCGAUUUAUCCCUCAAGCGGCAUACGAACGCGCCGUUUCUUUAAACAACCUGACGUCGUGACUCGAGUACGCAUGCCGUUCAAAGGUAUAUGUAAGGAGCACCUCGCAAAUUGGCACAAAUGCAAGCAGAGAACGACGUUGCUUGGUGGGUGGACGU